GGACUGGCCGCCGCUCCUCCGCGUGCUGUUCUCACCGUGCACGCGCGUGUUACCCACGGUCGCGAGGAGGAGGAGGAGGAGUAGAAGGAUGUUGCGCGCGAAGAGGAAAUGGCUGCCGAAAACAAGCCGGAAGAUGAACACGGACAUUUGAAAAUCUACCUCCCCAAGAAGCUGCUGGAAUGUCUCCCCAAGUGCGCCUCGCUGCCCAAGGAGAGACACCGCUGGAACACCAACGAGGAGAUCGCGGCCUACUUGAUAACGUUUGAAAAGCACGAAGAAUGGCUCACCACGUCGCCCAGAACAAGGCCGCAGAAUGGCUCCAUGAUCUUGUACAACAGGAAGAAAGUCAAGUACAGAAAGGACGGCUACUGCUGGAAGAAGAGGAAAGACGGCAAGACCACGCGGGAGGAUCACAUGAAGCUGAAAGUGCAAGGAGUCGAGUGUCUGUACGGCUGCUACGUCCACUCGUCCAUCAUCCCCACCUUCCACCGCAGGUGCUACUGGCUGCUGCAGAAUCCGGACAUUGUGCUGGUCCACUAUUUGAACGUGCCGGCCAUCGAGGAUUGCGGCAAACCCUGCGGCCCCAUCCUGUGUUCCAUCAACACAGACAAGAAGGAGUGGGCCAAAUGGACCAAGGAGGAACUCAUCGGCCAGCUCAAACCCAUGUUUCAUGGCAUCAAGUGGACUUGCAGCAACGGGAACGGCAGCUCCGGCUUCUCGGUGGAGCAGCUGGUACAGCAGAUACUGGACAGCCACCAAGCUAAGCCACCUCCCCGGACUCACAACUGCCUCUGCACGGGCUCGCCGGGUGCCGGUAGCAGCGUGCACCACAAAUGCAACAGCGCCAAGCACCGCAUCAUCUCCCCCAAGGUGGACCCCCGCACGGGAGCCUACAGCAGCGCUCACUCCGAAGUGCAAAACAACGACGUGUCCGAAGGGAAAACCGAGCACGGCACCAAAAGCGCCAGGGAGAAACGCAACGGCAAAGUCCACAAGCCCGUCCUGCUGCAUCAGAACAGCACCGAGGUGUCCUCCAGCAACCAGGUGGAGGUGCCCGACACCACCCAGAACUCGCCCGUGCCCAUCAGCAGCGGGCUGAACAGCGAGCCCGACGUGGCCGACAGCCCGGCGGUGACGGCGAUGAGUCACGUGGCCUCCGUCGUGUCCGACCUCCCCCGCGCCGUCUUCAUGUCAGAAGUGGGCGGAGAGCCCGCCUACAGCGCCUCUCCCACCCUCCUGGGCGCAGACGCCGCCGGCUCCCGGGGCUCCCGGAGCUCCCGGGGCUCCCGGGGCUCCGUGCUCGCGGUGACCUCGGACGGCCACAAGUUUGCUUUCCCGGGCGACGCGCCGGGCGACGGUCUUUCCAUCUUGUCGGCAGCUGGCGUUUCCCAGGAACUGGCUCUCUCCAGCAGUCUGGACUCUGGAAGCAUCAAGGUCCCGGAAACCACGAUGAGCUUUGACCCCGACUGCUUCCUGAACAACCCCAAACAAGGCCAGACCUACGGAGGCAGUGCAAUGAAGACGGAAGCAAACUGCGGCCCCUCCUCCUGCGGGGCCACCGACGGCACUCUGCGGAGCUCUCCCUCCGUGACUGCCAACGGAUACGUCUUCAGCCCGGCCGUAGUCAAGAACAUCAAGACUGAAGACACCUCCUUUGAGCGGCAGCUGGCCAAGGAGAGCGGCUACCGGGUGCACGGGGCGCUCGUCAACGGCGUGUCCGUGCCGCCCUGUGCCGCUUCCGCUCGGGAGGGCCUCACGCUGGCCCCCGCGGGAUCCUUGCUUCCUUCGGGUGGCGCUUUAAGUCCCAGCACCACCCUGGAGCAAAUGGACUUUAGCGCUAUUGACGCCAAGCGGGACUACGCCUCCGGCGCUUCGGCGCUGAGCUACGCUCGAGCCAUGUCUGGGCCUUACGUGCCACACCAGAACCGUUUGCCCGGUUUCUUCCUCCAGGAUGCUCCUCAAUCCGGCCAGGCUCAGCGGGGGAGGUCCUGCAUGGGCCAGAAAACACAGCCGAUGGAGCACAGCUCCCACGAACCUGCCGCUUAUCUGGGGCUGCGCGCGGUGAAGACCGAAUCUCCCGCUCGUAACGGUUACCACCACCACCACCACCACCACCAGCAGCAGCAUCGAGCCAACUGCAAUGGAGGCUCACCCACCGACAGCGGCGGCCAAACUGGAUCCUUGCAGCUGCUACAGUACCAGGGGACCUUCGCCGGCCUGGCCAACCAGCACGAGGAGGUGACGGGUCCGGAGCAGCCGGCGAGCGGGAGUACCUCCGAAAAUGGCGCCGAGAAUCCGCUCGAGCCGGACGCUCCGAUGCCGGCCUGCAUGGCAGGCAAUGGAGAAGGAGGGGCCGCUGAGCACUAUUUGCACGCACCCGAUGGGGGAGGCGGAAACGACAGUGCGGGCGAAGGUCUGCCACUUUGCAAUGGAAACGGGGACGGCGGCAGUGGCUCGCCGCAGCACCAGCAGCAGCAGCAGCAGCAGCAGCUGCACCACCAGCAGCAACUGCAGCAGCAGCAGCGGCAGCAGCAGCAGCUGCAGUUGCAGCUCCUCCAGGGAGCCAGCUUGGUCCAGGGACUGUACAGCGCUGUCGCCAGCCACCAGGGCUUGGGGGCUAACUCGGGAGCGGCGGCCGGGCCAGCCAUGGAGAUCAGCCUGGAUCACUUUGACAUCUCUUUUGGAAACCAGUUCUCGGACCUCAUCAACGACUUCAUCUCGGUGGACGGAAGCGGGAGCCUGUACGCUCAGCAGCUGGUGGCCUCGCAGGGCUCGGAGGGGCAGAAUGCCGCCGGCCCCCGCGGAGGCCAGGAGGACGCCAGGGGUGGCGGCUACAACCCCUCCGAGCACUGCCUUCAGCCCUGCUGCGACGGCGGGGAGCCGGCCUCGCUCUCCUACAUGAAUGUGGUGUCGGCGGCCGUGGCGCACGGCGCUCUGGGCAUGCUCCAGGCCGCCGGACGCCUCUUCAUGGUCACAGACUACUCUCCCGAGUGGUCCUAUCCUGAGGGUGGCGUUAAAGUGCUGAUCACGGGACCGUGGCAAGAAGCGGCCUCCGACUACAGCUGCUUCUUCGACCAGAUCGCAGUUCCGGCCUCGCUCAUCCAACCGGGAGUGCUGCGUUGCUACUGCCCGGCUCACGACACAGGGCUGGUGACGCUGCAGGUGGCCGUCAGCACUCAGAUCAUCUCCACCUCGGUGGUUUUUGAGUACAAGGCCCGCGCGCUUCCUUCACUGCCCUCCUCUCAGCACGACUGGCUCUCGUUGGAUGAUAACCAGUUCCGAAUGUCUAUCCUGGAGCGCUUGGAGCAGAUGGAGAGGAGGAUGGCGGAGAUGGCCAGCCACCAGCAGCGGGGGAGUGCCGGAGCAAUGGCAGGCGCAGGAGACAGCAGCAGCCAGGCGCAGGGUGCCGCCGGCUCCUUCGAGAGCCGCGUGGUGGUGGUUUGUGAGAAGAUGAUGAGCAGAGCUUGUUGGGCCAAGUCCAAACAUUUAAUGCACUCCGAGACUUUCCGAGGCAUGACGCUCCUUCACCUGGCUGCCGGCCAGGGCUACGCCGCCCUCAUCCGGACGCUCAUCAAGUGGCGCACCAAACAUGCCGAUAGCAUCGAUCUGGAGUUAGAAGUGGACCCUCUCAAUGUGGACCACUUCUCCUGCACGCCUCUGAUGUGGGCGUGUGCGCUGGGGCACCUGGAGGCAGCCGCCGUCCUGUAUAAGUGGGACAGGCGGGCCCUGGCCAUUCCCGAUUCUCUGGGCCGCCUGCCUCUUUCCAUCGCCCGCUCUCGAGGCCAUACCAAGUUGGCGGAAUGUCUGGAGCAACUGCAGCGGGGGGAGCAGCGGCCGGCGGCGGCUCCGCUAACCCCCGCCGCUCGCAUGUCUUACUCGCCGGCGCCCGACACCGCCGACGGCCGGAUGCUCGGCUGGCCCAGUGACAAAAGAGCAGACCUGAGGAGGCCCAGGUCAGAGCCUUCCAGCUACUACAGCAGCGAGGGCCAAAGGGAGCUCCUCCCAGCGGCCAAAAAGCAUAAACCCAACCCACAGCAGUUUCAGACACGGCCCGACAAGGCCGCGUCUGUUCCUCUUAGCCUGGAGCGGCGGCGGCAACGGCGGCCGUCCGACGCCAGCCCCGAGAGCCGGCCCUCGGACAGCCGGCCCUCGGACAGCCGGCCCUCGGACAGCCUGGGCGCGGGGACGGCCGGAUGGAGCAGCAGGGACGCCGGCGGCGACGUGGGGAGGAGAGGCCUCGGGCCGGGCGGAAGCGGCGCUUUGGGCGAGGACCGACCGCUUGGCUGCUUACGCCGACCGCUUGGCUGCUUACGCCGCCGGCGGGAGCAGCUGGCCGUGGCGGCGGCGGCCGACGCCCAAAUGCCGUGCUAUCGGGAGGAGCCGGACCGUGGCGACUAUCUGGCACAGAUGGACGACCUGCAGGCAAACAUGAUGACUCUGGCCGAGCAGAUCAUCCAGGCCACGCCGGAGAGGAUCAAGAGGGAGCAUUUGUCCUCCGCUGACGCUUUGCCGGUCGACACGGCGGGGGUGAACAACACCAUGAACUGGCUGGCCAACUACUUGGGAGAUGUCGAGCAGCUGCCCAGCGUCUUACACUUACGGUCCGCCGCGUACAGCGAUCCGCCACCGUCCGAGCCCAGCCCGAGUCCCGGGGCCUCCCAGCCGGGGGAGGGGCCCUCGGAGAGGCCGGCGCUUGCGUCGCCGGCGGACUGGAGCCGCUUUGUCAGCACCUCCAAUAGCAAAGUGGAGCGAGACCUGGCCCAGCUGACUCUAUCCGACCCGGAGCAAAGAGAGCUGUACCGGGCCGCCCGUCUGGUUCAGACCGCCUUCCGCAAGUACAAGGGGCGGCCGCUUGGGGAACAACAGGAAGUCGCCGCUGCCGUAAUUCGGCGUUGUUACGACAAAUACAAGCAGCUUACGUGGAUAGCCUUGAAGUACGCACUUUAUAAGAAGAUGACGCAGGCCGCCAUCCUGAUCCAGAGUCGAUUCCGCGGCUACCGCCAGCAGAAGAAGUUCCAGCGGAGCAGAAGGGCCGCCGUGCUCAUUCAGCGAGGCUACCGCAGCUACAAGGAGUUUGGCAGGCUCCCGGCCCAGCGCCGAGGGCCCGCUGCCCGGGGGGGGCGGCGCCGCAAAUUGAGGGGGAGUGUGCUCACCAAGAGGCAGGAUCAAGCGGCCAGGAAGAUCAUGAGGUUUCUGCGCCGCUGCCGCUGCCGCCACAGGGUGAAGGAAUUGAAAAGAGCCAGGGAACAUGAACCCGGUGAGAAGGCGCCCUCCCUCGCAAUGUGACCUCGCUCUUCCGACGCCUCCUUCAUUUUCUUUGUCUUUUUUUUUCUUUGGACGCACGACAUUGAACUGGACGAAAUGUAGCAUUAGUGCAAAGUGACUAUGGUAACACCAUUUUCCCCCACGCACGCACGCACGCACGCACGCACGCACGCAUGCACACAUUUUCACGUGGAGAGUUGCAAUUUCGUCAACUUGUGUGGGGGGGCGUCCCAUGCUGACACUUUUCACACCAUUGUUUGGGGUUUUUUUGCACUUUGAAAGAGAACAACGGACAAACCUGACAAACUCAGCAAAAGUGGAGGAAAAUCAAGGUUGCUGCCACCGCCGCUGUUGCCGCUGCUGUUGCCGCCGCCGCCGCCACCACGAGGGAGACCAUGCUGGAAGACUCUUGACUCCAAAUCCUUUGGAGUGACUCAUUUUUAUUUGUUCCCAGGACAUUUGGCGAAUGUCGUCAAAGGAGGGAGCAAGUAGUUGCCUGUUGUUACUUGACGACGUGAAUUUGUUCCACGCUGUUUGUUUGUCCCUCCGUGUCGAAUGUUUGCCCAGGGUCCGCGUGGUAGAAUCCUAUCCAAGAAAAAGAAGAAGGGAGGGAAAAAAAUGCAUGACAUUGGGCUAAGUGAGGCCUUUGCUUGUGUAUUUUAUGGUAGCAGGCUAAGCCUUUCUUGACUUUAGCUGCUCUUUCGUUUUGUUUUGUCGAUGUCAUCGUUGUUGUCGUCAGAGUCGGGCUGGUGGUCAGGUUUGGCUUGUUUUUCAAUGAACUUCCGAGCCUGGUUUUGGAAGGGAAGAUCACGCACAUUGCCUUGACAUCUUGGAGAUUCUUUCCAAGAUUGUCCCAAAAUAGGGGAUCGACAAAUCCAUAUUUUUGAAAACUGAGCAUGAACUGAAUGAACAUUUCUGUAUACAAAGAAGGCCGCAAGUAUGUACGAAUAAACACACACACACACACUUACCCAAAGGGGAUUGUAUUUUAGAAAUAUAUUAUUUUAUUCAUUGAAAAAAAAAAGGGC